UGAUUCUCGCCCAUGUUCAAACCACCACGGCACCACCAGCUGACGGCAAAAAAGCAAAAGCAGAGUCGUAAAUUCUCAUUAGAAACCACAGAAGUUUCCAGAACAAUGGCUUUAGCGACGAGGCAAAGGCGGACGCUACCGACCGAUCUCUUGACGACGUCGUCAAGUUCGUCGUCCUCUUCGUAUACGAAGCUCGAUAAGCCGAAGAAAUCCGACGCCGGACAAGAUGAGGUCGACCGCGGGUUAGGAUGGUUGUUGCCGUUGAUUUCUCUCGGAAUGCUGAGAUACAUGAGCUCUACGACGAAUAUAAUUCACGAUUGCGAUGAGGUCUUCAAUUAUUGGGAGCCUCUUCACUAUCUCCUUUACAAGUCUGGCUUCCAAACUUGGGAAUAUAGCUCCCAAUUUGCACUGCGCUCGUAUCUUUACAUUAUUUUCCACAAGUUAAUCGCAUCCCCUGCUUCCUGGUGGUUUGGUGAGGAAAAAGUCAGGGUAUUUUAUGCUGUGAGAAUUUUUCUUGGACUCAUCUCCACCGCAACAGAUGCUGCUCUUGUGGUUGCCCUGUCCAGAAAGUAUGGAAAACGUCUUGCAUCUUAUGCGCUUGCCAUGCUAUGCCUAACCAGUGGCUGUUUCUUUGCUAGUACUAGUUUUCUGCCUAGUUCGUUCUCCAUGUAUGCUAUGUCUCUUUCCUCAGCACUUUUUCUUUUUGAGAAGCUGCCUGCCAUGGCAGUUGCUAUUGCAGCAACUGGAGUUAUUCUUGGCUGGCCAUUCUCGAUCUUGGCAUUUCUUCCAAUAACUAUCUACUCCCUCGUUAAAAGGUUUAAAGAAGCAUUCCUUUCAGGGCUAAUCAGUUCCCUUGCACUGUUGGUGCUCUCCCUCGUGUUUGACUACUACUACUAUGGAAAGUGGACAUCAUCGGUUCUGAAUCUCUUGGUGUAUAAUGUCUUAGGUGGUGGGGAGAGUCAUUUGUAUGGUACUGAAGGGCCGCUGUAUUACCUGAAGAAUGGCUUUAAUAACUUUAACUUCUGCUUCCUUCUUGCCCUGCUGUUCCUUGUGGUUCUUCCUGUUGCAAGAAAGAAGUAUCAACCAGAUUUAUUGGUCGUCAUCUCUCCUAUCUAUAUAUGGAUAGGUUUCAUGUCUCUGCAGCAGUCUCACAAAGAAGAAAGGUUUCUCUAUCCAAUUUAUCCCCUUAUCUGUGUUGCUGCUUCAGCUGUCAUUGAGAGCUUUCCUGAUUUUUUCCGGGAUAAGCAUGAUCCACGCAACCCAUCCGUGCUUGUCAAGGUUGCUAAAUUUCUGAGACCUGUGAUUCUUGGCUUAAUUUUGUGUGUUUCCCAUUCUCGGACAUUUUCCCUGAUUCAUGGCUAUUCCGCACCUUUGGAGAUUUACAAGCAUUUUGAGCAUCAUGAUGAUGUAGGAACUGGUUCUGUUGUUUGUGUUGGGAGUGAGUGGCACCGCUUUCCUUCAUCUUUUUUCAUUCCUGAUUAUGUGGCCCAAGUUCAGUGGAUAGAUGAUGGGUUCAGGGGUCUUCUUCCAUUCCCUUUUAACUCUACCUUGGGUGGAACUUCAGCAGCACCGCCUUAUUUCAACAAUAAGAACAAGGCAUCAGAUGGCCAAUAUCUCCAGGAUCUUGAGAAGUGCACUUUCCUUGUAGAGCUUCAGCUUCAACGGCCAGUCCUUUCCCGUGGAAGUGACUUGUCGAAGUGGGAGGUUGUUGCAGCAUUACCAUAUCUCGACAGGGAAAUGUCGCCUCCCCUUUACCGCUCUUUCUUUAUCCCCCAUCUUUGGCUGCAGAAGAAUGUCUUUGGCCUAUACAAGCUGCUGAAGAGAAUACCAAAAUAGCUAGCAGAUUAUGAGAAACCUUUCAUUAGUUGAGUAGUGCUAACUUUUUCUACGCUUUUACUAAUAGAAGUUUUCUGAAGACCCAGUUUGCUAAUUGAGAUUAGGAACACUCCAGCUGAAAGCUCUCUACCCCAGUUUGUUUUCAAGAAUGUCACCCUCCCUCUGUUUACCGCUACAUGCAAAUACUUUCAGUGAGAUCGUGGCAUUUAGUGUAAUGUGUCUAGUUGUAGCUGAUCUUUCUUCUGAUCUCCUCAUGCCACCAUUGUGGAGUCUCAUGGCAUCGGUCAUAAACUAGCUAUUUGUUGGUUACUCGCUGGCAAGCCAUUGUUUUUAUUUGAAGGGAGGUAAAAGGGGGAUGGUAAAUUGGGUUUUAUGCAACCUCUCAUAGAUUAAUUCGCACAAAUUUGAAUUGGAAAAUCA